GUGUAACAGAAGCGCCAAAAUGGGCGGGUGUCCACGAAGCGACGACCUGGCUCAGCAGCCAUUGAUGCUCAGCGAUAACGGCAGGAGAAACCGAGGUGAUUUUUAUUAAAACCUUCGUUUUAUUUCCAUUUGUGCACGUUUUUGGGGACUACAGCCAUGGUGUCUCACUCGCUGACCCUGCCCAUGAUCUGCUUCACCACGCUGUGGGGGCUGGUGGGUGUCGUCGCUCCGUUUUUAGUGCCCAAAGGACCUAACAGGGGAGUCAUCGUCACGAGUCUGGUCCUGACAGCGGUCUGCUGCUAUCUGUUUUGGUUGAUAGCCAUUCUGGCCCAGACCAACCCACUGUUUGGCCCUCAGCUGAAGAAUGAAACCAUAUGGUAUCUGCGCUACUUCUGGGAGUAAUCCUGUCACAACAACUUCCAAAGGACUGUGUGAUGACGGUCCGUGUGAUUUAAACCCCACUGGAGUACAGUGGACUUCAUUAGAAUGCAAGACAACGCACUAUCAUUGACCUUGAACAUUAACCUUGAGAACAUGUAACUCCACAGUCCACCAUUGUCUCCUGUCGUAUCUCUUCAGUACAGUGUACAGCGUGUGUCCUUUUAAGAUUUAGGCCCAAUUGUGGCGGUGCAUUCAAAUGUCCACUGCGGUGCAGAGUGUGACUUUUUGUGGGAUUCUUGCACUAGUAGAAACGGAGGGUUAUUAUUUAUAUUUUUUAUGCUGUUGAUAAUUACCAUGACACUUGAAACCAAGACUUCUUCUGUUCUGAGCAUAUAUUUACCUUCACUGUCUCUGAUCGACUACAAAGUUUUUGUUACUUUUUCCUGUCAGUGAACACUAACUCGUGUGUGUGUGUGUGUGUGUGUGUAUUUAUUGUGCCCUGCUUUGUCAGUACGGUUUUGUUAUAUAAUUGUGAUGAUCAGUGAUGUAAUGCUGUUGUCUGUAUAUGUGUGUGUGUGUGUGUGUGUGUGUGUGUGAAAACCUGGGUGGCCGCCAAAGAGAAUUUCUGGAAGAAAAAAAAAGCAAAGAGCAAUUGCCUCCACUUUGGACCACUUCAGCGUGAACCUCCCUCCCACAUUCCCCUUAUGCUCUACACCCGGAGGUCCUCGUUGCCAUGGUGAUUUAGUCACGCAGUUCAUUCCCACUCCCCUCAAACCCUUUUUUUUUUGAUGGAAACCUGUGAGCAGUCGAUGUGCAGUAGGGACAUUUAGAUGCACAGAGAGAAGGAACACAUUUUUAAGUACAUUAAACACGUACUUUUGGGUUUGUUUUUUUUAAACGUGAGAUGUUUGUCCGUGUUCAUAGUGUUGAACUUUUUUAAUCCCUGAAUUUAAAAAACUAAUGAGGUUAGGUUUCCAACAACAGGCUGUGAUGUCAGGUCUGGUUCACACCUGUUUUUAUUUGUGAGCAAUUAAAAUGACGCAAUUAUUAAUACGGAACAAAUGUGACGAAAAGUAGGCAAAAGUAAAACUCAGAUUUUAGCUUUUGGUUAUGCGUUAAAAGUUUUUCAUCAUUUAACACAUUGAACACAGCCCUAGUAAAAAUGUUAACAGUCAUAUUACAUGCUAGAUUAACAGGUACAAACUUGUCCCAUGUAAGUGGUGUCUCAGUUUAUCAUCCAUUAGUAGCUAACUUGCUGACAGCUAACGGUUCCUGGCGUCAAAGAUCCUCCCUUAACUUCUACAGUGUUUUGAAAGUUUCAAGGACAAACAUGGAUAUUUGAUGCUGGUUUAGACACACCUGCUGCCUGAGCUUACAGCCAUCAGCACAGCUACAUUUUCCUCCUCACACACCCCCGGCCUGACCACCGCACACCCUCCCCCAGACACCCUUCCCUUCCUCCCUCCCUUUCCUGCCCCUUGACUCUGUCCUUAGCAUUCUCCCCUUUUCUUAAAACACUUUGCUUCAGCCAAAUAUAAAAAAUCAAAAUACAGCUACUUUUUAGAAAGACCAAAUUGUGUUGUAUCGUUUCCUCUAGCCCUCUUUGGUAGUUGUGUUGGUGGCACACAUUUAUAUAUAUACACGAGUUACUGCAGGCGUUGUUGUACAGAGCAGGGAACGCCGUCUGAUGGAGCACCACUGUUCAAGGUACAUGGACAAGGUCAACUGGAUUUGAACGUUAGGUUCAGGUUCAUCAUCUUUAUUUCACCGUUAGUGAACAGUGGCCUCAAGUGUGUCCUGUGAUUGUGGACCGUAUCAUUUGCGUUCUCACGUCCAGGAUAAGUCCUAAUAUUCCGUAUGACUUUAAAGAAAAUUUUAGUUUUUGUUUUUUUUUAUCCUCAAUGUGGACAAUAUACUUACAUAUAUAAUGUCUUUGGUUCGAGCCCCCGAGGAACCACAUACUUAUUGCGUUAUAGUGUCGUAUCAAUGGAGUUUAAAUGAUUUUUAUUCAUAUUAAUGUGUAAAUUUAAUAAGGAAUUCUGCUACUUCCUCCUUCCAGCCAUAAUCUAGGCCCACUUAAUUAUUUUUUCCUUCUUCACACAGUGAACUGUGACCUGUUGUGAAAAAGUUCUCUGGAAUUCUCAGAUGAAGUCAAUAUUGAUAGAGAAAUAAACGCGUUGUUUUCAUAAAUAAACAGAUUUUUACUCAUUUGUCGUAGAACUUUUGACUUGCAGCAAGGACAGUUCAGGUCUGAGACGUUGCUGUAUUGCAUGUGAAAACCAGCUGCUGUUUCAUCUUAAAUUAUUAAAUUAUUUCUGGCUCUGUGGAUGGAGAUGGGGACCAAAUCACCAUGGUAACAAAACUCUUCCUAAUGUCAGAUGUAAUUACUGGCAGAGAUGAGAUCCUUUAUGUGACCUUGUAAUAAGUAGAAAAUGUGUGAGUGGUGAAAAAGUACCCAAUAAAACAUGACGGAAAUCUG